AUGGAAGACCACAAUGUGCGGGCCUCUUCACAGGAAACGCCCGCUGUAAACCCUGCGACAGCGCCAGAAGAUGUUUCGAAACAACCCAAGCGACGUCGCCGUGUUCCAAUUGCAUGCGCCAACUGUCGGCUGCGCAAAACUAAAUGCGAGCACAUUGUGCCAAAAAAUGACCCCUCCAAAGCUGUUUCCGGGCAGUCGGUCGCCACAUACGAUCUAAGUUACAUUCGGUCGCUUGAGAACAAGGUCAAACGGUACGAGGCGGAGCUGAAAGAGCACCAAGAUCAUUAUAAUUACGAAACGAACUAUAGAGCAGCGACCAACGCUGCGCCCGCCCCGCUGCCUGCACCCACUCUGCAAGACGGACAAUCGUCCAGUUCGCUGUCGCAUAGCAAUACACGCACGUCUCUUCCUUCACACCGUGGUCCGGCCGUUAUCACAGCAGCUACGCCCUCACUUUUCCUAGGUGGAGAUGGCGCGGUUCCAUUUACGCAACUGAUUCUCAAUGCGAUGAACCCUGAUUCCCCCGAUAAGGUCCAGUCGUCCACUCAACUUUUCUCAUCACCGCGUGAUCCGUCUCGAGAAAUGCCUGAUGCCAAACUCUAUGAUCUGCCCCCUGAUGCGCGAGACCUCAUUCAGCGAUAUUUCGAUUAUCAUCAUGUUUUAACACCGAUCUUCCACCUGCCUACAAUUUUCCCACAAUUUGAGCAUGUCUUGAUGAUGGAUCGUUCUCGCCGGCAUGAGAGCCCCUAUAUACUAGCUAUCAUCAAUAUGAUCUGCGCCAUUUCAUCAGCACAUAGGCGUAAUGGUCUUGAGACGUCAACCGUUCAAACCCGCAAAUACUACGACCGCGCCAUGGCGCUUGUUGGGCCGACUUUAUUUUUCGACUGGUCGAUUGAAAAGGUCCAGGUCCUCUUACUAGGAGCCCGCUAUCUCCAGAGUUCAAAUUUUCCAGAUGAAAGCUGGACAAUUCUUGGGUUGGCUAUCCGGAUAGCCCAGGGCCUCGAACUUCACCGCCCGCCGCCGAAACAUUUAGACUGCAUUACAAAGGAGGUUCGAAAGCGUUUGUGGUAUGCCUGUUACGCGACUGAUCAGCUGUCAAGUACUAUUUAUGGGCAUCCAGUGGCCACAGCGUCGAGUACAUUUUCCACCCCACUCCCUGAGGACCUGGACGAUGAACGUAUACAGCCGUCUCAACUGUUGUAUCCCUCUACACCUACUUUAUCCAUGAUGUCUUUUUCAAUACAGUGCGUGCAAUUAUAUAAGAUCAUGGAAUCUGCUGCAGCGCUCGUGGACCCCCCAUUGGAAAAGAUCGUGGAGUUAGACGAAAUGUUCGAAGCUUGGUACGCCCAAGUUCCUCCUGUCCUCAUUGGUGUUGAACAUGAAUCCGUCCAGGAUGACAAGAGGUUGAUAUUUGCCAUGCGAGCAAACAUGACUCGAAUUCUAAUUCAUCGACACUCGGUGGUCACGUCGCUCGGUCUCCUUUCUCGAGGCGAGCGACUCGUUCCAUCGUCAGACGGCCUUCGUGCCAAUAUGAUGCAGAAUAGCAGACACAUCUGUGUUCGUAGCGCAGAGGAAACUAUACAGUUGGUGAGCCGUCGACAUGACCAAACCAAGUCAGCUACUGGUCCUAGUUGGUUUAAUCUUUAUUACUUGUUCAAUGCUAUUCUUAUCAUUGCUUCACACGUGGUCGACCCCGAAUUUCGAGACGACAAAGAAGCACUACUGCAUCUGGAAGAGGGAAUGCGAAUGAUAGGCCAAAUGAGUGCUAAUCAUACCACUGCCCGACGUGCACAUAUUUUCUUACGGCAACUGUUGGACCUUGUAGAGAAGUCGCUGCCUCAACAAACCUGGAAAUCAGUCCGUAAAGCAACCUCAGCAAUACAAUCCUCGUCAUUGCCGCCGCAGCCCCAGCCUAUGGUGACAACAACGGCCGGGGGUAUUUCCAACAAUGUUCUGGACUACGACGGCGAGGCUCCAAGAGAAUUCAUGCAACUAUGGGAUAGUACAGGAGACUUGACAAUGGCUCUAGGGUCGCAACUUGAUUUUUUCUCGUCCGGGGGCACAGGAAUGUGGUCUUGGGCUCCUCAGGAUGCCAGAACGUAUGCCCUUAUCCCUCCGAGCAUCGCUCCAUAA